CAUUGAAUGAGCUACCAAUUUCAACAUUAUCAAGUCAAAUUGGAAUUUUCCUACUUGAAGAAACACUAAAUUCAAACAACGGUUGAGUUGAAGACGACGCCAGAAAGGAUAGAUAUGGCAGCGGCGGUUGUUGUGUGUCUUCCAUCUCCGACCGUCUCUGCUGCAGUGAAACUGAAAGUGAAACCUAACCGUCAUGGAUACACUUCUGCUCGACAUCCGCAGAGGAGCCUAAAUUACGAAUCGCUGAAAGACGAUCUUAUCCGUCAAGCAAAUGGCGGUCGCAUCCGGGAAGCAAUCUCCACUCUCGAUUCGAUGUUCCGGUCCAAUCUCACCCCCGAUCUGACCGCCUACUCGGUGCUCCUGAAAUCCUGCAUCCGCACCGGCAACUACGACCUCGGUCGAUUGAUCCAUUCCAGAAUCGUCGAUUCACGCCUCGACCUUGAUUCCAUCGUCCUCAAUUCGCUCAUCACUCUCUACUCCAAAAGCGGCGACUGGAGGAAGGCGGAGGAGAUCUUCGCUUCCAUGGAGGACGAGCUCAAGGAUUUAGUCUCCUGGAGCGCCAUGAUCUCGUGCUACGCGCACAACGGAUUGAAUUCGGCAGCCAUUGCAGCGUUCGUUCAAAUGCUAGGGUUUGAGAAACUCCCCAACGAAUACACCUUCUCCGCUGCGAUUCGAGCUUGUUCGAAUCCACAGCACGCGACGAUCGGAUUGACAAUAUUCGGAUUUCUGAUGAAAACAGGAUUCUUCGAUUCCGACGUCUGCGUAGGCUCCGCUCUAAUUGAUCUGUUCAGCAGAGGCUUUGAGGAUUUAACUUCUGCACGGAAGGUGUUCGACGAAAUGCCUAAUAAGAACACCGUGGCUUGGACUUUAAUGAUGACAAGGUCCACACAAUUAGGCUCCGCCGGAGCAGCAAUCACCUUAUUUCUCGACAUGAUCGGCUCCGGCAACGUCGCCGAUCGCUUUACGUUCAGUAGUUGUCUCUCGGCCUGCUCGGAGCUCGGUUCGUAUCAACUCGUCUGGCAAAUGCAUACAUGGGUCAUCAAGAACGAUCUUUCUCGGGACGUCUACGUCGGAUGUAGUUUAGUCGACGCAUACGCCAAGUCGGGAUCAAUCGAUGAGUCGAGGAAAGUUUUCGACGCAUUGCCUGAGCACAACGUAAUGUCGUGGACGGCGCUCAUCACGGGAUAUGUCCAAACCGGGAACGGCGACGGCGAAGCCGUCGCUAUGUAUAUCCGGAUGAUAACCGAGGGUCGUGUCGAGCCGAAUCAUUUCACGUUUUCCGCCUUGUUGAAAGCGUGCAGCAAUCUUUUCGACCGGGGAUUAGGCGAGCAAAUUCACGGCCGUGCUGUUAAGGCGGGAGUCGCUUCGAUUAGCUGCAUCGGUAAUUCGUUGAUUAGUAUGUAUUCCAAGUGCGACCGGAUCGACGAUGCGCGGAGAGCCUUCGAAUUCUUGUUCGACAAGAAUCUCGUCUCUUACAACGCUAUGGUCGACGGGUAUAUUAAAAGCCCGAAUUCUGACGAAGAGGCGUUCGCGCUUUUCAAUUCUACGAUUAUCGUCGAUUCUUUUACGUUCACGAGUCUUUUAAGCGGCGCCGCGAGCAUCGGCGCGCUCAGUAAAGGCGAGCAACUACACGCCCGGUUACUAAAAUCCGGGCUCGAAACCAACGUAAGCGCGUGCAAUGCGCUUAUCUCGAUGUACACGCGGUGCGGCGACAUCGAAGCCGGGUUUCAAGUAUUCAACAAAAUGAACGACCGCAACGUCGUAUCGUGGACGGCGAUCAUAACGGGAUUCGCAAAGCACGGACUUGCCGAAACGGCGCUCGACUUAUUCGACCGAAUGCUCGACUCCGAUGUCCGACCGAACGAGAUCACCUACAUCGCCGUCCUCUCCGCGUGCAGCCACGCCGGGCUCACAACUGAAGGCCGCAACCACUUCAACUCCAUGCAAACCCGACACGGAAUAACCCCUACACGCGAGCACUACGCGUGCAUGGUCGACAUCCUCGGCCGCUCCGGAAAUCUCGACGAAGCGACCGAAUUCAUUGCCUCGAUGCCGUACCCCGCCGACGCCCUAAUCUGGCGAACGCUCCUCGGCGCGUGUGUCGUACACAACGACGCCGAGCGCGGCGAGCGCGCCGCUGAGACAAUCAUCGAAAUCAACAAGAGGAACGGAACCGUCGAUCCGUCGACGUACGUUCUUCUAUCGAACCUCUACGCCUCGGCUGGGAAAUGGGCCGAGGUGGCGAGGGUCCGGAAAUCGAUGAAGGAGCUCGGAAUCGCGAAGGAGGGCGGGUGCAGCUGGAUCGAAGCGUCCGGAACGGUUCACCGGUUCUACGUCGGCGACACGGCGCAUCGGGACGCGGUGGCGAUAUAUGAAAAGAUCGAAGAGUUGAUGGAAAAGAUUAGAGGAAUUGGAUAUGUUCCGGACACGAAUUUUGUGUUGCAUAAGGUAGAGGAUGAGGAGACAAAGGAAAAGUAUUUAGGGCAGCAUAGUGAGAAAUUGGCAUUGGCUUACGGACUGAUUCGGACAAGUAAAGAUAAGAAGGUAAUAAGGAUAUUCAAGAACCUUAGGGUUUGUGGGGAUUGUCACAAUGCAAUGAAGUAUGUGUCGAUGGUGAUUGGGGAUAGGGAGAUUGUGGUUAGGGAUUCAAAUAGGUUUCAUCAUUUUAAGGAUGGGGUUUGCUCUUGCAAUGAUUAUUGGUGAUUAAUUUUAAUUAGUAUAUUAAAAAUGACAGACAAUAUAUUGUUUUAAUUAUACUCAGUUUAUAUCUUAUUGUGUGUUUUAUGAAUAUUUUAAAAUUAGAGCAAAAACUAACUUUGUUGGUCUCAUUCAAUAUUAAAUCACAAAGUGAUCCGUAUUUGGACUAAGUCCGUAGUAAUUAGUUUCUAAAUUUUUCAAAAUUUUCAUACUAGCUGGCGCCCGCGUUUAUAUGUCCAUUCAAAAAUAUUUUUUUUAUCAAAAUAAUUACACAUUACUAUCAACACACUUUU